AGGUGCUCCAGUCAUCGUAGGGAUGAGCAUCAACAUAGCCAGCAUCGACUCCAUCUCAGAAGUAAACAUGGACUACACCAUCACAAUGUAUUUCCAGCAGAGCUGGAGAGAUAAGCGUUUGGCCUACGGUGAGCUGAACCUAAACCUGACUUUGGACAACCGUGUAGCAGACCAACUUUGGCUCCCUGACACCUACUUCCUUAAUGACAAGAAGUCCUUUCUUCAUGGCGUGACGGUGAAAAACCGUAUGAUCCGGCUGCAUCCCGAUGGCACCGUCCUUUAUGGGUUGAG